AUGGAUGACCUGUUGUUUGGGAGUGAUGACAUCAACUCUGCUUUCAAACUGAAAACUGAACUGAUAGCACUUCUCAGUUCAGGUGGAUUUAACCUCCGCAAGUGGUCGUCCAACACCAAAUUAUUGACGGACCCUGUCUCAAAUCAAACAUCAUUCGACUUCAAGCAUCAUGAAUCAACUAAGGCUCUGGGAUUAAAAUGGAUCCCUCAGGAAGACGUUUUAUCGUUUCAACUCAAUUUAAGCACUCCAUCUAAAUCGCUAACUAAGCGGGUACUUUUGUCGGAAAUAUCCAAAAUAUUCGACCCUGUGGCUACGACACACGACAUCCAAUGGAAUAACGAACUACCAGAAGAAUUGAAAAGGGAGUGGAAUAUAAUCCGGGAAGAUUUGGAAUCUAUCAACGAGAUAAAAGUACAGAGGUGGUUAAAAAGUCACGAAUACGACAAGAUCGAGCUACAUGGGUUUUGUGACGCAUCAACUAAAGCGUACGCCUGUGUUGUUUACUACAAAAUAUAUAAUCUUCAAGAUCAAAAGAGUACCAAUCAUUCAUUUGUUGUCAUCGGAGCGGCGAAAGCAAGACUAGUACCUGUAAAGAAAAAAAUCACAUUGCCACGACUCGAAUUAAUGGCAUGCCUUUUACUAUCAAAGUUAAUGGAUGUUGUUUCACGCACAUUAACUAACUAUAACAUCAAAGUGUUUGGAUGGACGGACUCCACCGCAGCAUUAGGAUGGAUCCAAGGUGACUCUAAUCGAUGGAAGGCAUUUGUAACAAACAGGGUUGAACAGAUCAAAACAAUUAUGCCUUCAGAAUGCUGGCGCUAUAUAAAAUCACAAGAUAACCCAGCGGACUGUGCUAGUAGAGGAAUCACUGUAAAACAACUACAGCAGCAUCCCUUAUGGUGGACUGGACCAUCAUGGUUAACCUCGUUCAAUUCAAAUUAUCAAGAAGAAUGCCCGAUUUACUACACAGAUCAAGAAACAAAACAAUUAACUAAACAUCAAACAGCUGUUGCUAUUACAAACCAACAUUGUAUAAUUAACGAUAUAAUAAGCAGAUACAGCAAUUUCAUUCAUGCAACCAGAGUACUCGCUUGGAUACUACGUGUGGUGUCACGUAACCGAGACUUAUCAAAUAAACAGUUUUAUUUAUCAAUUAAUGAAUUAUUACGAGCAAACCAUAUGAUCAUAAAAUUUUAUCAAAACAUCGAGUUUACGGAGGAAAUUAACUGUAUUUUUAAUCAAGAAAAAAUCAGUUCGAAAAGUAAAAUUCUUAACUUAAAUCCUUUCUUAGAUAAAGAAGGAUUAUUACGAGUAGGAAGCAGAAUCAAGCAUGCACAGAUUGAAGAUGAUAUGAAGACUCCUUUAAUCAUACCUCAUGAAAGUCAUUUAACAAACUUGCUUAUAGACCAAGCGCAUAGAAACACAUUUCAUGGUGGCGCGAGGUUAACGCUAUCACGCCUUAGACAGCACUACUGGGUGAUAGGAGGGAACAGAGCAGUUAAGAAGUACAUCUGCAAGUGCGUUAUCUGCAGAAAGCAUAACCCUGAUAAGCAAAACCAACUCAUGGGUGAUUUACCAGCUGCCCGCUGCAAUCCAACUCGGCCGUUUUACAACUGCGGCGUCGACUUCACUGGCUACGUUGACGUCAAGUACAACAAAGGUAGAGGAGCCAAGAUUACCAAAGGGUACAUCGCCGUAUUCGUUUGUAUGGUCACUAAAGCAGUGCAUCUCGAGCUUGUCUCCGAUUUAUCAUCGUCAGCAUUUAUAUCAGCACUUCGGCGGAUGGCAGCUAGACGUGGAGCACCGCGCCAUAUAUACUGCGAUAAUGGGACCAACUUUGUAGGCGCCGGUCGCGUCUUACAAAAAGAAUACCUCAACUUGCAACAAUUAUUAAAUGAACAAUUUUAUCGCGAAAUCACUGACAUGAACAUAGAAUUUCAUUUUAACGCACCAUCUUGGCCCAGUGCCGGUGGGCUCUGGGAAGCAGCUGUCAAGAGCCUAAAGCAUCACCUUCGGAGAGUUCUUGGAGAGCAAAAACUGACCUACGAGGAAUAUGCUACAUUAUUAGCACAAAUAGAAGCGUGUUUAAACACCAGACCGCUGUGCGCUAUCACGGAAGAUCCCGAUGACAUAAAUUUCCUCACACCGUCUCAUUUCUUGGCAAGUGGCCCGACACUCAGCAUCCUAGAAACCGAACGAGAUGAAAGAACAAGAUGGCAGCUAACUCAAAAAAUCUUCAAUGAUUUAUGGAAGCGUUGGCAAAACGAAUAUCUGUGCCAAUUAUCAGCUCGCAGCAAGUGGCAACAGCCCCAGCAAAAUCAGAAAAUAGGCGAUGUAGUCAUCAUUCAUGACACAAACUUACCGCCCGGCAAAUGGCCCCUUGGCAGAGUCGUUGAUCUACACCCUGGAAAGGAUGGACACGUACGGGUCGUAACUAUCAAGACGAAGAAUGGCACCAUCCAGAGGCCAGUCGUAAAAUUAUCAACGUUACCUAUUAGUAAUUAA